AGACCCCAGAGGGAGGGAGGCAGAGAGAGAGAGAGAGAAGCGUGCCAUUUUUUUUCUAUUCCGGCCAUCAAUUCUCUGCUUCUUCCUCUUUCUCCUCUAUCUCUGCAGCUAUGAUUGCGGUAGAAGAUGAAAGUGGACUCGUGCCCCGCGCAUGAUCUAAAGGCUCAGUCGUCGUCCUCGUCGUCUCCCAUGAUCCGAUCCGAGUUCUCUUCUCUGUAAGUGGAGCCAUUCGAUAUAUGUUAAGAAUGGCAUAGCACACAUAGCUCAUCAAGGCGAUAUUGUUUGUGGGAGAGAAAGGACCAAUCAUCUGAAUCAGAUAUGCCUUGUCUCUACAUCUCAACCAAUGUGUGCCUGGACGGAGUCGACGCUGAUCCCAUCUUCAGCGAAGCGACCAAAGCCGUUGCAUCCAUCAUCGGCAGACCCGAAAAUUUCGUGAUGGUCAUAUUGAAGGGUUCAUUGGCCAUAUCAUUCGGAGGCAACAAAGAACCAGCUGCGUACGCGGAGAUAAUCUCCAUGGGAGGCAUCGAUUCGGAAGUGAAGAAGAAGUUGAUCGCCACGAUCGGUACCAUCUUACAGGAGAAGCUGUCGAUCCCAAGGACUCGGUUCAUCCUCAAAGUGUACGACACGACCGCCGGACGUAAAGUUUCCAAGUUAUGAAGUUUGGGAUUUAGCCAGUUGGAGGGUGACUUGGGGGGAUUCCAUAACUUGGUAUCCUCUACUCUCCCGUUGUUUGGACGCCUGGUAUUUAUACGGAUUAUAUAAACAAAUGUCUCGAACACUCAUUAAAUCAAUUUUGUAAAGAAGGUUCAAGUUUUAAUGUGACAAUCUCUAAAAGUAAAAGGAAAAAGAUUUAAUGUACUGGA